GUCAGAUUAGGCAGUGAGGCGUAAAGAAGAAGCAGCUCCGUUUCCAAGAACGUUGGGCAGGUCAGAAUCCAGCUGACUGACGGAGGAGAACAGCUUCCACUGCCUCCCGAUAGUAGGAAAUCAGUCAGGGCAAGAGUGGCCAUGCCAUUCAGCUGUUUAACAUUCGGAGAGAAGAAGGAUUACAACAGUCCUUCGGAGGUGACAGACAAGUAUGACCUGGGACAGAUUGUUAAAUCGGAGGAGUUCUGUGAGAUUUUCAGGGCUAAGGAUAAGAACACGUUGAAAAUGUACACCUGUAAAAAAUUCCAGAAAAGGGAUGGGAGAAAAGUGCGGAAAGCUGCCAAGAAUGAGGUCCUUAUUUUAAAGAUGGUCAAACAUCCUAAUAUACUCCAGCUGGUAGAUGUAUUUGAGACCAGGAAAGAGUACUUCCUGUUCCUGGAGCUUGCCACGGGCAGAGAGGUCUUUGAUUGGAUCCUUGAUCAGGGCUACUACUCAGAGCGGGACACCAGUAAUGUCAUGCGUCAGGUGUUGGAAGCAGUGGCCUACCUGCACUCCCUACGCAUUGUCCACCGGAACCUCAAGCUGGAGAACCUGGUAUACUAUAACCGUUUGAAGCACUCAAAGAUUGUGAUAAGUGAUUUCCACCUGGCCAAACUUGAGAAUGGCCUGAUCAAAGACCCCUGCGGAACACCUGAAUACCUGGCUCCUGAGGUGGUAGGAAGACAGCGGUAUGGAAGGCCAGUUGACUGUUGGGCCAUUGGAGUGAUCAUGUACAUACUGUUGUCAGGAAAUCCCCCAUUUUAUGAUGAAGCUGAUGAUGAUGACUACGAGAACCACGACAAGAACCUUUUCCGGAAGAUUCUUUCAGGCGACUAUGAGUUUGACUCUCCUUACUGGGAUGACAUUUCAGACUCAGCAAAAGGGCUAGUAGCUGGUCUUAUGGAAGUGGAGCAGGACCAGAGACUCACUGCGCAGGAAGCCAUCAACCAUGAGUGGAUAUCUGGGAACGCUGCUUCAGACAAGAAUAUCAAAGAUGGUGUCUGUGCCCAAAUUGAAAAGAACUUUGCCAAAGCCAAGUGGAAGAAAGCAGUGAGGGUGACGACUUUAAUGAAGAGGCUCAGAGCUCCUGAACAGAGUGAGUCAGCAGCCACCGGCCCCGCAUCAGGGGCCCCAGCCAGUACCAUGACUCCGAGUGCCAGCGCUGACCCUCCCAUUGCUCCUGGCACCAAGCCAGAGAACACGCCCACAAGCUCGGUGGCCAAUGAGGAUCCCUCAAUGCGGUGUAACGGGGAGGCCCCAGCGCCUCUUCAACCAACCACAGAAGCCAGGGAUGAACAGAACGGUUAAACACCUCCAUCCUCCCGUGCAUUCCCUUACCCUGCACCGUGUAUAUUAGCCGCUGGCAUGGUGAUGCUGAAACCGCUUAGCUUCCCACUCACAGCGUUAGUGCAGCGUGGUCUUACAGAGCCUGUUUUCCUUCCUGAGCUGUUCUCUUGCCUGUAACUGGGCUCUUUCUUAAAGUCUGAUUACCUUGUCUAACUUUCUAAAAGUAUUCUCUUUCUUACCUUCCCUCACCUAGCCCCAUGCCUCCCACCUCGAUGGUAAUGCAGAACACAGUAAAUCCUUGCCUGCUCUUUGAUUUCUGCUUGAGGAUGACAAAUGAAUGCCCUCCCCUGCUUCUUUUUAAAAUUUUGCUUACAGUACAUUCAAAUUCCAUUCAAACUGGAAAAAACACUCUUUUCCUUUAUUACCGUAAUUAGCACACAUUUUAUUUAAAAAAAGAGCUUACUAUCUUUCGAAGACAUCUUCACUGUCUUAUCUCUUUCAGCGAUCAGCCUCUUGCCAGCCAAAAUAGUGCUAUUGCGUGUUUUUUUGUAGAGUAGAAUAAGAAUACUGUGGUAUUGGUAAUUCUCUGGUGUAUGCACCUUUUCAUAUGGAUGAAAACAUUUGAUUCACAAUCAAACUUUUUAUGUCAAAACAAUAGCAUUGCUAUUUAAGAAUAAAAAAAAGAUAACAUUUUCAAAGAGCAGAAUCCUAUACUACAUUAUGUAAAUGUCCUAAAGACGAGCAGCCAAUGCCAGUCAGGGGCUCCUUGUACACCUGCCCUUCCGUAUUGAAUUUUGUUAGAAAAUAGAAGCAGAGCAUUGCUUUUUAUUGCCAUGCAUUUGUUAAUUGAAUGCAUAUUCUUGCAUUUUCUGAUGAGCUUGACUUUAGUUACUAAUCAAGCUUUUGAUGCUUUUGAUGUCAUCACUACCAACAGCUCCUUAAGAAAAAAACACACGGCUCUAUAAGUACAAACUGCUGUAAAUAGAAACAACUGUAGAAGUAGCCAAACUGGCAUGUGUUUUGACUUUUUCUGUAGAUUUCACAUGUUUUGUAAGUGUCUGAUGGAUAAGGAUUUCAACUCACUCCUUGCCUUACACAGCCAUUUAUGUUGGACAUGUAAAACAGUAGAUACAAGUCUUACGGUCUGUUUUUUUAUAUUUUUCCAUUGCGAUAGAUAAAUUCUCUCUAGUAUACUUAUAUAUUCAUGUGACAUUCAUAUCGUUCUGAAUCAGAAUUUAUCAAUAAUGGAAUUUUGAAUGUCACAGUAUUAAAAAAACAAUAUAUUAAAAAAGUGAUUAACAGAAAGAAUAUACAUACACAAUGUAAGACAAAUAUAUGCAAAAUACAGUAUUUGCAAAAUCAGUAAGUAUCCUUGAUAAUUAUACACUCUUUGCCAUGACAUAUAUUACUACGAUGAUACCUCUCCUCUUUAAUGUAUGUGUGUAACUACCAUGAUUUUGUAGUAAUUUAUUUUAAACAUUGUUGCAAUAUUAUGGAAACAAUGUGUGAAUGUUGUACCACAUCAGGAUAGCUGUGGCUCAACCUGGAAGUCCUUAUCCAGCAGAUGUCUCUCUCUUCUUUUUUCCCUCUGCACAAACGCUUCCAACUCCUGUGUGUCAUUCUCUCUGUGCCUCCUAAAAGCUGCUUGUCCUGAAAUGUAUCUUCUCACAUUUUAAAAUAUUUCUUUGCUAUCCUCUGGUUUUAUCCAUACGAUAAUAACACAAUUCACAGAAGGAAAAUACUGUAUAUUCCUUGUGUCCUGCUACCAUGCACUAGCUGAAUACUGUGUGAAGAACAAUAUUGAAAGCCAUCCUCUUUCCCUUGUCUGUGAAAAGUGAAAAAGCCAAUAACAAUGUAAUGUCUGGGCUAAAGAGGUUCAAGAGAUGUUAGCUAUCGUGAUCCAUUUUCUGUGUUUCUUUAGUUUGUCAUUCAAGUUUAUAAAGUGACAUUAAUAAUAACAAAUAUUUUUUGGUUGUUUUCCAGUGCCCUCUUAAUUUUACUGAUGUUGAAGUGGGAAAUAAAUCAGUAUUUAGGUGGUGCCAUAGUCUACCUUUAUUGUAUGAGAAACUGUGAUCCUGCUUGUUGUGCUGCUUAAAAAAAGUUUUGAACAUGUUCAGAUCACAUCCGUCAUACUCCUGGCUCUUGUCUUACUUAGUUAUGUCCUGUACAGUCCCACAAAAUAAAAGAAAGAAACAGGGCCUGGAAACAGUUGUGGUCAUGUGGUCAUGAUUACCAUAUCAAUCUCACACCCAAUAUCAGCCAUUGCAGCAUGAUGCAAAUUAUUUCCAAUCGCAAACAAAAGUACCAAAAGCUAAUCUGACACACACUGAGUUGGCUGCAACAGAAUCUGAUACAAUCAAGUCUGAGACCACACACCUAUUGAUUAUGUUCACCAAAUUUACUAUCCUAAACUUCAGCCCUUAAGCACCCAAUGGAACUUCUGGUGUGCAACUUACAGUAAGCAAUAGCUCAUGAUGUUUUCCUACUUUCCUGUAGUCCUACUGCACCACAUACUUACCAUACACUCCAGCACGACUGGUGGCAGUGUUCACCGUACAGUUGGUUUCUAAACCCACUGAAUGAAAGGAACAUGUAGAACUAAUUGGCCAGGUCCAAGCACUAAAUUAAGCCCUUUUUAACAAUGGCACUAUUAUGCAUCACUUCAUAACUGCAAUAUUUUUCAAACCAUAUGUUGACGGUAUCCUGUGAGAUUAUAAAGCAUUUAACAUGACUAUUGUGCCAAAAAGCUUUCCCCAUCAAAUAGCUUGGCUGUUUUUUUCAUUUGUUUUGCUUACAUUUUGUAGUAGGUGUCUGCAAAGGAAUUUAGUACAAUGUCACAUCUGCUUCUUUCUUCUGAUUUUUUAUUCUAUUGUAUUUUAUCAUUCUUAAUCUGUCCAGGAAUACAUAUAAGGAGGUGGUGAAUAAUUUUAACAUGUUUUGAGUCUUGAGGUGGAAAUGACAAUGUAGUUCCUUAAUUUUAAACUCCCUAUUCUGCAGUAUUCUAGCCAUAUGGUGGCUCUGGGUAAAUUAAAUAAUAUUAACUUUAAGUGCUUGAGGACGUUUUGGGCCUCCAUUAUAUUACUACUAAUAAGAAUAAUAAUAGGAAUAAGAUUAUGAAUAAUACAAUAUAUAAUAAGGUAUAAUAAUAUGGGUUAAAAUAGGAAGGUCUCAAGGCUACCACCUACACCAAUGGUUCAGUUGUAUGUGAUAUGUGAUUCUUUAGCCUGCAUUAUGCAGUCUAUUGUUUAUUGUCAAUGUUAAAAGGAUAAAUUGUUGCUAUAUUUAUUGUGUCAGGACUGAGUUUGUAGACUUGAAUUUAAAUUUAAAUUUAAAUUUUAAAUGUGGCUGGGAAAAACUGCAAUACAAUCAAUACUUUUCAGUUAAGUUAUUGAUAAACAUUUAUAUCACAGUGUUUAUACACAGUAAUGGUGGCAAAAGAUAACUGUGUUUUAAAACUUUACAAAGCAAUGCGUUUAUUCAGUGCAUUCACUGCAAUCAGUUGUAUUGUAUAUAUUAUUAAAUGUACUAUUUUCAAAUUUCUCCAUGCACUUACGUAUGUGUUAUAAAUGUAUUUGUUUCUUGGAUCCUGGGGUAAUGUUUCUCAUUUGUAAGCUAUGUAUACCUAGACUGAAAUUCUAAAUUUGAUGGUCAUUAAAAAUGUUAGAAUAAAGAAUAUCUGCACACAAGCAAA